CAGUUGGAAGGUGGAACAGCAACAUACGACGCCGUUUCGGGCUUCGCGACUCAAUCCGAAGAGAGAGAGAGAGAGAGAGAGAGAGAGAGCGAAAGACAGAGAGACAGGAAAAGAAAGGGGCAGAGUUGUCAUCCGCUUUGCUCUGCUCUCAUCAAUGGAGUUCUUCUGAGUUCAAGCAACCGGACGGAAAAGGCACCGGACAAUCCUCUGCGUGAGGUUCUGCGCCCAAGAUGAUGAACGUGAGACAGCACGGGUGGCAGCGGCCACUUCACCCUUUACAGAUAGUGGGAACGGCAGUCUUCAGCUUCCUAGUUGCGGCCUUCUAUGUCUUCCUUGGGCUAUUUCUUGGGAACCGAGUCGCAGAAAUCACCGUGACAUCAAUCUUCUCUUUCGUGGUACUCGGGUCGAUCUUCUUAUUCGUAAGAUGUACCGCCAUCGACCCUACUGAUAAAACCAGCUCAAGAAGGAAGAAGAAGAAGAGAGGCAGCUCGAAUAGGUUGCCGAAGCUUAACUAUGGUUUUAUUCUGGGGCAGAUUGUUCUGAGAUUUUUCAGGAGGUUGGAGAGGAAGAUCCUCAGGACAUUUAUAAGGAGAAAGUACCUUGAUCCGUGGAGCACUAGUGUGCAAGUUGAGCCUCUUCUUCCGUUUCCACUCGUCUUGAAGGAUGAUGCUGUCUCACCCGAUCUUAAGGACAACGAUACUAGUUUCUGCAUCCUUUGUGACUUCGAGGUGAAGAAACACAGCAAGCACUGUAGGACCUGCAACAGAUGCGUGGAAGGGUUCGAUCACCACUGCAGAUGGCUUAACAAUUGCAUUGGGAAGAGGAACUACACCACCUUCAUACUCCUUAUGGUGUUUGUCCUUCUAAUGUUAAUUAUAGAAGGAGGAACGGCUGUUGCCGUAUUUGUCAGGUGCUUUGCAGAUAAGAAAGGAAUGGAACGUGAGCUACUGAGGCGGCUCCAUAUCAAGUUUCCACGGGGACUUCUUGCCACUAUAGCUUUCUUGCUAUUUCUGCUGACGAGUUAUAGUUCAGCAGCCCUCGGGCAACUAUUCUUGUUCCACAUCGUUCUCAUACGGAAGGGAAUGAGGACAUAUGAUUAUAUUCUUGCAAUGAAAGAGGAUAACCAGACAGUGGGUCUUGAUCCAUUUGAGGACUCAGAUUCAGAUUCUGAUGAAAGUUCCGACUUCGAUUCACCUGAAAAACCAUCCUUUGUCUCGCGAUUUAUAUGCCGAGGAGGACAUAGACUAAAUCAGAACUCGACGAAGUUGUCUAUAAGGAUCGAUGGAGAUCCAGAGUCCACCUCUUCCACCAAGAAGCAAGGCUUCCAUGUAAGCAUUAAUCCAUGGAGUCUCUUAAAGCUGAGCAAGGACACAGCUCUUGCAGCAGCUGAUAGGGCCCGGGAGAGGCUUUUGAGAACUAAGCCCGAAAUCGAUCCCUUGAGGCCCUUGCCGCUCGAGAAGAAAUCUGGGCCCUUAAUGCAAGCAGAGAGGAGCAUCAAUACCACUGUGAUCUCAUCGACACCAGUGGUUUCUAAACUGGCAUUCCCUGCAUCGCCGGGGAGAUUCUCAAGUCCAAGGAGGCGGUUCUCCGGCUCUCCAAAGAAUAAGUACAGAAGCAACUUUGACUUGAAGUUGACAGAAGUGUCGAGGGAGCUUGAGACAUAUAUCUCGAGGCAGGUACUAAGUUCUAUCAUGAAGAAGGAUGGGAGUGAAGCGUCCCCGAGAUCAGGCAUUUAGCAUUCGGUUUCUCAGCCUCUGAGAAGAUUCUUCAGUUAAUUCGAAGCAUUCUUCUCAACCGUGAUUGUGCUAAUAUGACAUAAACUUAUUGGGGUGUAUGGUCCAGUGAAUAUGUCCUUUUAACAUUGACAGUGAAAAUUUGUAAACUAUUUCACCAUAGUUGGUUUCGCUUGAACCUCGAA